UCUUCGUCCCCAACAAGAAAAUUACCCACCCCUACCCGAUAUAUACAUGCCGCCUAUGUACAAUCCCCGUCGCCCGUCGCCAGUUCGCCAUCCAUCCAUCGAUCCCUCCUACUCCUCCUUGACGACGGCGACGACGCGCGCCGCAAUGGCGAUCUCCUCCGGGGCGGCGGGCGCGGCCACGGCGGCCCCGCGCCGCAGGAGCAGGUCGACGGUGCUCCUGAUGGCGAACUACGCGGCGCUUCUGAUCGGGUCCGUCGUCUCGAGCCUGCUCUCCAGGUUCUACUUCGAGCACGGCGGGCAGAACAAGUGGGUGGUCACGCUUGUGCAGUCCGCGGGGUUCCCGACGCUCGUGGUCGCCGCGUUCCUCGCCGGCCGGCCCGUUUCCGCGCCUCGGCCGUUUCUUUGGUUCUCGCGGCGCUUCCUGGCCGUGUGCCUGUUCAUCGGCGCGCUCAUGGGCGUCAACAACCUGCUCUUCGCCUACAGCUCGUCGCUCCUGCCGGUGUCCACCUCGUCGCUGCUGCUGUCCACCCAGCUCGCCUUCACGCUCGUCCUCGCCGUCGCCAUCGUCCGCCACCCGCUCACCUUCGUCAACCUCAACGCCGUCGUCCUCAUGACGCUCUGCUCCGUGCUCCUCGCGCUCCGCUCGGGCGACGCGGGCGAGAGCCCGGACAGGAAGGGGUACAUCAUCGGCUUCGUCGUCACGCUCGGCGCCGCGGGGCUCUUCUCCGCGUACCUCCCCGUCAUGGAGCUGCUGUACAGGGAGGCGGUCUCCGGCGGGUUCAUCCUGGCGGUGGAGGUGCAGGCCGUGAUGCAGGCCAUGGCGUCCGUCGUGGCGGCGAUCGGACUCGCGGCGACCGGCGGUUUCGGCAACGACGUGGCCCACUGGAAGGGGUCCCACGCCGUGUACUGGGUCGUGGUUGCGACGCUGGUCGUGACGUGGCAGGCGUGCUUCAUGGGCACCGCCGGCGUGAUCUACCUAACGUCGUCGCUCCACAGCGGCGUGUGCAUGGCAGCGGUGCUCACGGCCAAUGUCAUUGGCGGCGUCGUCGUGUUCGGCGACCCUUUCGGCGCCGAGAAGGCCGUCGCCACCGCGCUCUGCGUCUGGGGCCUCUCCUCGUACCUCUACGGCGAGUACACCAAGAACAAGAAGAAAGCCGCUGAUGAUCAGGACGACGACACCAUCCUCCCGGGCGCCCGUGACGACGGCGAGCACAAGAGCCUCACCGCCGGCAGCCGCGAGCCGGGAAGCGAAACCGUCUGAAGCAAACGGGACAGCGCCGGCCACAAGGGGUACGUGCGAACCAUGUGAUCGAUAAGUACGUUGCAACAAAUGCAACGGAAACUGAAAAUUUCUUAGUGUAGACGUGCCAUGUACUCAUGUUAUAUCGAUUAGGCAAUGAGUUAUAUUUACUGCUUACAAAGAGACAAGAAUGGCGUGGUGAUGAGGACGGAUGAUUGUUUGGUGGGCUGCUAUGUAUCUUGCUAUCUUGUGAGGUUCUCUUCAGGAUUUAUCACAGAAUGGAUGCAUGUUGCACUUGCA